GCCUUUGGUUGGUAGUGAGAUUUCGUUUACCAAUAAUUCAUUCUAUAUUUCUGUUCUGUUUUUGUUACGUAGAUGUUGUCGUGCUGUGUUAUUAUUUCCAAAAUACGUAUUUCAUUUGUGUGUUAAAAAAGUUUUCUACUGCAGUGUAAUAAAUAAUGUAAAUGUGUUCAAUAUAAUAAGUGUCUUGAAGUUUUAUUUCAGGUUGUUUGGAUUAUUUGUCUAAUAAAUGCAGGGUAACAUUGAAGUGUAAUUCAGUGACGGUCAACAUGACAUCUAACGAGCAGAUAGGUUUGAAUAAAACUUGGGAAUUAUCCCUAUACGAACUCCAUCGAACACCUCAAGAUGCUAUAACUGAUAAUACGGAAAUAGCAGUUUCACCUAGGUCUCUGCAUAGUGAAUUAAUGUGUCCUAUUUGUUUGGAUAUGUUGAAGAAAACUAUGACUACCAAGGAGUGUUUGCAUAGGUUUUGUUCAGAUUGUAUAAUUACCGCCUUGAGGUCAGGUAAUAAAGAAUGCCCUACUUGUAGAAAAAAGCUUGUGUCGAAAAGAUCUUUAAGACCUGACCCAAACUUUGAUUUAUUAAUUUCCAAAAUAUAUCCCAGCAGAGAUGAAUAUGAGGCUCAUCAAGUUAAAGUCCUUGAAAAACUACACAAGAGUCAUAGUCAAGCAGCACUGAUGAAUUCAAUUAAUGAAGGAAUCAAACUUCAAACGCAAAAUCGCCUACAAAGAUCUAAAAAGGCAGCUGGGAAUGAUGCUGAUAAUAGCCAGUCACAUUCUGUAGUUACAUCUGCUAAUGAAAACAGCAAUUCACAGCCUCCAAACCCAUCGGAACCUCAAGCAGGUACUACACCAAAGACAUCUCUACAACAAAAUGUGGAUGAAACAUCACAAUCUUCUGCAACUGCAAGUAUGCACAAAGAAGAAUCAAAUGGACCAAAAUUUCCCAAGAGACCUAAGUCGAUUGUCACAUCUGAGAAUGAAUCAGAGAAUUCAAGUGUUGCAGAAUCUGGAGGUCAAGACUCUGUAACGGAAGGUGAAGGGACCUCAGAUAUGGUAACCUCUGACGAAAUUGAACUUGUUUUCAUGCCACAUCCCAUAGAAAUGGGUGCAGACAACACACUCAUGAAAGCACUAAAAGACAAUUCCGUUCGAUAUAUUAAGACCACAGCCAAUGCCACAGUGGACCACUUAAGCAAGUAUUUGGCAACAAGACUAGCAUUGGACCUCGGGAAUGAACUACCCCACCAGAGCCUCAAUUUUUGUAUCUAUGUGGCACCGACUCCAGGCCAACAUGUUACUCUCAAUGGAAACCAAACUCUACGGCAGGUCAAUGAGCGGUUCUGGAAGGUCAAUCGACCAUUGGAGAUGUUUUACUCGUGGAAGAAAACAUAAUACAAAUGUUUUUGACCAUUGUAAAUACCAUAUUAGUACGACAUCAAACGAAUCUCAAAAAUAGCAAUCAACAUCAAUUCAAAGAGGUUCAUUGGUCAGUUGUCGUACUUUAGUUGUAAUGUCCAAUUGUGAUUUGUAACUUAAGGUUCUGGGGUACCAUAAACAUAUUUUAGAUAUGUUAGGUUUUAGACAGAUAGGUUAUUUUUUAAUAUUGUGUUAGCUCUAAUAAUUGUUUUGAUCUAGUGUUUUAUACAUCAUUUUUCAUUUUUCUUUAUUAUUUAUUUUCAACAUUUAAGUAAGAAAAUACUCAGUUGUUUAAUUAAUGUAGUAACAUUCUGUUGUUUAAAUAGAAUAGUUCUAAUGCAUUUCUUUAUACAUGAUGUUGGCCUUUAAAGAAUAAACGUUCAAAAAUGAAUACAAA